AUGCGCUAUGAUACCCUAGACCUAACUCAUAGUGCAGCUGCCACUUUUCCUCCACCUUUAUUCCAUCCUCGCCGGCGCCGCAACCGCUCUCACCCUUCUUCGACUUAUAGCGUCGCACCACCACCUCUGUUGAGGUCUUCAACCACCGGACGCCACCACGCUGCUUCUGCCGUUGAUGUAGAAGAAGAGCCGUCAACCUUAUGUCUCCCCACCGCCACCAUCCUUUCUCCACCCCAUGCUCACAGUGCCGCAACUACGACCACCGUUGCCACCGGUGAAGAACGUGAAGCGAUGGAAGGGACGCUGAGGACAUCGGGAGAAGCCGGAAAGAGCUGGAACGUGCCUGUGACGUCGCGAAAGCUUCCUCUUCUCCGGUUCGUUGCUGCAACGCCGCCUUAA